AUGAUUUUUAUAAUUCUUGGAAUGCUAAAUACAGAAGUCCUGAAACUUUCAUAUGAACUUAAUAAAACAUGUACUUAUCAAAUUCUAUUAGAUUUAAUAGUGCAAUUUUUAUUAUUACUGAAUACAUUUUACAACAUGUAUCUUUAUUUAAUGUCAUUAAAUUUAUUUGAAGUAUUAUCAGAUAUACAAAUUAUAAAAUAUUUAAUAUGGAUUUCUUUAUUUUCUAUAAAAGUUAUUUUUUUAAAUAAUUAUUGUACUAAAUUUUAUCAUGAGGUAGAAGUAACAGCACAUUUGCUUCGAGAUCUAGAUAUUUGCUAUUUGGAUAAUUCUAUUAGAAAUGAGGUGCAACAAUUUUUAUUACAAGUUCAUCUUCAUCCUUUAAAAUUUACUGCUGGUGGUUAUAUUCUCAACAAUAAAUUUUUAACAAUGUUUUUUGGUACCAUAAUCACUUAUUCAGUUGUAUUGGUACAAAUGAAUUCGUUGUCAAUUUCAAACUGA